CAAAAUUGUCUGUAUGUUUCAUGUAGUUAGAUAUUUCGCCAAGGUCUCGGAGCUAUCCAGUCCAAAUCCUGCCAGUUUCAACUAUGAUAAGCAGGGAAAGGAUUGGCAGGUGGAGCCCGGAAAACAACAGUCUCCCAUUCCGUUAGUCCAGAGUGAAGCACUUAGGCACGAAGCCCGACAGCUUGUGUUCUUCAACUAUACGAAGCCCCUGUACAAGCCUUACCUGACACACAACGGGCACACGGUUCGCAUGAACAUUUCAGAGACAGUUGAGAAACAGAAUCCCGCUCUCGCUGGCUCCAAUCUGAAAACGGUCUAUUUGGCACAGCAGCUGCACUUCCACUGGGGCUCCGAGAGGAGCCAGGGAUCGGAGCACACCAUAGACAGCCAGCGGUACGACGGAGAGCUGCACAUUGUCCAGAACAUCGCCUACGAGAGCAAUCAGGAGGCAGUACAUCAUCCAGAUGGUUUCGUGGUACUGGCUGUCAUGCUGCGGUGCCCGGAGGUUCCCCAAAUGGAGUCGCCAGCCAUGAAUGAGAUUUGCAAAGAGGUCAAGCUGCUCAGAAAGUGCUACGACUCCUCACAAGUGAAGGCUGAAAUUUCACUGGUAGAUCUGUUUGCUGGCAUCGAUAUGGAUACAUUUUUCACCUACAAAGGCUCCCUUACAACACCGCCAUGCUAUGAGACAGUGGACUGGUUUGUCUUUCCGGACUCCCUGGACAUACCCAAGGAGAUUUGGCAGAACUUCUGGCAGCUGCAGGAUCGCAGUGGCAAGCGUCUCAUUAAUACGUAUCGUGACUUGCAGGCUCCCAAUGCACGUCCUGUGUAUCUUUGUACGGGCCAAGAGCCAAAGGAAAUACCUAAAAAUCGUCCAAGUGAAUUAUAAAUUUUGAAAAGUG